GUCGCAGUGGUUAGCUCAGAAAGAAGUGUGCUUGGUGAUCAGAUAGCAUUCUCGCUAUCAGCUUCUCUCUGUUAACAGCAGGAAAUCCUUCCUUUAUACAGUUGCAUAAAUUAAUUCAUUAAAAUGGAUUAAAGAAAAGAAAAAAAAACUUCUUGACGUUUACAUUUUUCGAUAUGCUUCAUUAGCAUCUGUUUAGUUUGAUUUGUUUUUCUUCAAAUUGGAGAUGUAGCAACGAGUUUAAAAGGGAAGAAAAUCGAAAAAAUAAAUAAAUAAAUAAAAAAUGACUAAUUUAAGUCUGUCAGAGGUGGAAGAUUGGCUGGAUGCUAAUCCAGAAAGCGUGGCUGAUUAUUUUAUACGUAAAGCAGACAUUGAUCUGAUUAAUCGCUGGUUAAUGGCACACGGUUUCUUAACAAUCAGAGAUUACGUCAGUUCAAGAAGAGGUUCGACAACUCUCAAUAACAGCGAGGAAGAUUCGCCAGUUGAGAAGAAUUCUGGAUACUUCAGCGAUGGAGGUGAUGCAGCAAACAAGAGGAACAACUCGAAGAAAGCUCUAAGGCAAGAUUUCGCCAGAUCGAAAGCCAGGACUGUUUUUAAGAGAAACGAACCUCUAAGUCAAAGUGCUGAUACGCAUACAAGAAGGAAUAGCCUGAAGGAUAUGAGGAAAUUUUUAUCACUUCCCUCUCGUUCGAUUCAUAUAUUAAAUCUACUGAUCGAAUCUAAAAUCCGUCUACCUCGGUUACCGUCGAGAUGCAUGGAAUCCAAACGUGAAUUAAGAGACACAAACGAAAGGCAAUUUUUUCUAGAAAUCGUUGAAGAAAUCGCUCACGACUUAGACGUUAAGAGCCUAAGCCAAAAGAUUAUUGUUAAUUUAUGCGUGUUGUUGGAUUCGGAUAGGGCAUCGCUGUUUUUAGUCGAAGGACCCAAAUCUCAUCAGUGCUUGGUUUCGAAAGUAUUCGAUGUCCAUUGCGGGACCAGUUUGUUGCUACCGAGUGUCACUGACGAUAGCGAAAUUAAAGUACCGUGGGGGAAAGGAAUUAUCGGAUACGUCGCAGAAACGGGAGAAACUGUUAAUUUAAUUGAAGCCUCCGAGGAUCCAAGAUACGACGACGAGGUCGAUAGAAUUCGUGGAUAUUCCACAAAUACUUUAUUAUGUAUGCCCGUUAGAAAUGCGGAUGAUGAAGUGAUCGCGGUUGCACAAGUCAUUAAUAAGUCACCCAUGUCUGGAUGCAAUAGGUUUGUAGAGGAAGACGAAAAGCUUUUCCAAACGUAUCUACAAUUCUGCGGAAUUGCAUUGACUAAUGCGCAAAUAUUCGAUUUAUCUAGGAAGGAGUACGAAAGAAAUAGAUCUUUAUUAGAAGUGGUACACGAUUUAUUUGAAGAGCAAACGUCUUUAGAAAAAGUUAUAUUGAAAAUUAUGCAAAGGGCACAAAAGUUAUUAAAAUGUGAAAGGGCAGCUGUACUUUUAUUAAGAGAAGAUACAGAUGAUGAUAUUGUCAAAUUUUCAAGAACAUUUGAUUUGACUUCUCCUUCACAAGGCAAUCACGUUACAAAUUUUGGAUCCAAAAGAUGGCCAGAAUUGCAGACAUCAUCUGGACUUUUAAAAAUUGCCGAACGUGUAGCUUUGUCGGGGGAAGUAUUAAACUUAACAGAUCCACCUGAAGUUCAGCAAACUGCAGGAAGACAUAUUAGUUCGCUAUUGUGCAUGCCAAUUAGAAACAGAGAAAAUAAAAUAAUAGGUGUAUCAACAAUUAUCAACAGAUCAGAUGGAAUGCCUUUUGACGAUUACGAUGAACAAUUAUUUGAGGCUUUCACGUUAUUCUGUGGUUUGGGUAUCAACAAUACACUUAUGUACAGCGAACUGGAUAGAGCUAUGGCGAGGCAAAAAGUAGCAUUCGAGGUGAUUUCAUAUCAUGCUACAGCUUGUCAAGACGAUGUGAAUAAAAUUUUGGCUACAACGAUACCAGAAAUGGAAGAAUUAAAUUUGAACAGUUUAAAAUUUGAUGACUUUUCUUUAAAUUCUGAACAAAUGAUUUUAGCAUCUAUACGAAUUUUCUCAGAAUUAGGAUUAAUUUCUAGGUUUAAUAUAGAUUAUGAGGCGUUGUGUAUGUUUCUAUGUACCGUGAGGAAGAACUAUCGAAACUUGCCAUAUCAUAAUUGGCGUCACGCUUUCAACGUAUGCCAAGUUAUGUUUGCAAUAUUUACUAAAUGCAAUCUCAAAACUAUUUUCUCUGAUUUUGAAAUGUUGGGAAUGAUUGUAGGAUGUCUUUGCCAUGAUUUGGGUACAAACAAUUCUUUCCAAGAAAAAAGUGGCUCAGCUUUAGCAUUAUUAUAUGGUAAUAAAGGAACGAUGGAGCAUCAUCAUUUUAAUCACGCUGUCAUGAUAUUAACUAGCCAGAACAAAAAUAUAUUUUCUUCUUUAUCAUCCGAAAAAUAUAGCAUCGUUAUGAAUAUAUUAAAACAAGCAAUUUUAGCAACCGAUUUAUCAACUUAUUUUCAGUCCAGAACUAAAUUCUUUUCUUUGGUUGAUAAUUGUGAGUUUGAUUGGUCCGAUGAGGAUCAUAGAGCACUUGUAAGAAACAUGUUAAUGACUGCUUGCGAUUUAGCUGCUAGUACAAAACCCUGGCAAGUUCAGUACAAGAUAGCUGAACUUGUUACGAGCGAGUUUUUUGAUCAAGGAGAUAAAGAGAAGAUGCAGCUGAAAAUACAACCACAGGCAUUAAUGGAUCGUGAAAAGAAACACGAACUUCCUCAACUGCAAUAUCGUUGGAUAGAUACAAUAUGUUUACCAUUAUACAGGGCAUUAUCUAAAAUUAAUCCAAGAUUUAUGGAAAUGGUGGAUGGAGCAGUUGCCAAUAGAGAAAUGUGGGCAGCUAUAGCGGCACAGAAUAUCUCAGAAUCUAGACCGAAAUUAACAAAUGGGACUUCUGAGGUGUAUAUAAAAGAGACAGGUGUAUGACAAAGAUGGUCGUCUCCGUACCUCAGUUGGUGUUGUUUUAUGUAAAUAGCUGAGGAAAAUACGGGACUACGAGGAAGAAAAAAAUAAAAUAAAAUUGCCAGUAAGCCUAUGCGUGCCUUGCAUGAUGCAAGAAGAAGACAUUUCAAAGCAAUGAGUAUUCCUAGUAAUAAAUAUUAUACGAAAAAGAAUGUUCUAUAUUAAUACAUUAUAUCUAAUCAAAUAUUGUAAUUAAUUCUUUUACUAAUAAUGCUACCAAAGCGUUUUAUUACUACGCUAUUUUAAACAACAGAAUAAGAUUUUUUUUCCAUAUUAUCUAGAAUUAUAAUACGCCCAAUGCAUCAUUAACGACAAUGAAUACGCUAUAUAACGCAUAAUAUAGGUUGUUUUAUAUAUCUUAUACCUAAAUAAGCGGUAUAUACGCCUAUAUACUUAAAUAGUUAACCAUAAAAGUCAUGUAAAUAAAUAGAGAGAUAAAAUGGAUUUUAAUUAAUUUUUUCAGAUAAUUAUAAUCGCAGCAAUGACAUUUAUCUCAUGCUUUUUGUAUACCCCAAGCUAAUACAUUAUUUACAUGUUGCAUAAAUCUUAUGUAAAUAUUCUGCAGAAGUCUUGUGAAGGUGAUGCAACAGUAAAGUAUAAAAUAGCACAAGAUGGAGGAGUUUUGUAUUAAGAAAUAAUAUAUAUUUCCUUUAAAAU